GGGGAGGCUCAGGGUCCCCCCCAAACCCGCUGUUCCCCUCCCCCUUGCAGAGCAAAUGCCAGGGGGAAGUCCUGCGGGGGGGGGGGAGGAGUGGCUGAUGGGAAUUUCCUCCCCCCGCCCCACCCCCGCGGCUCAGUCGCUCUCUGUCGAGCUUCUGUGCAGCCGCCAUCAGUCCGUCCGUCCGUCCGUCCGUCCGCGCCAGCCCCAUGGAGGGGGCCGUGACCUCUGGCCUCUUGCUGGCCCUGUGCUGGGCCCUGGGCCCAUCUGCAGAUGCCCAGGAGAGACUUUGCUACGAGGACUUCGGGGCUGGCAAGUGCAAGUUGUUCCUGGGGGAGGACGUGCCCCAGGAGGACUGCUGCCAGAACCCCAACUACGGGUACCGGCCCCGCGCCGGGGCGCCCUGCCAGUCCUGCCGCCAGGCCGAGUGGAGCGACUGGACGCCCUGGAGCCCCUGCUCCGUGUCCUGCGCGGAGGGGGUGCAGAGACGCAGCAAGACCUGUCUUGGGCAGGGCCAGUGCUCGGGGGGCCCGCGGAAGAAGUGGGAGAUACAAGCCUGCAGCCUGAAGGAUUGCUGCCCGGUGAUGGGGGGCUGGUCGGCCUGGGGCCCCUGGAGCUCCUGCUCCGUGACGUGCGCCGAGGGGGUGAGGAAGCGCGUCCGAAGAUGCACCGAGCCGGCGCCCAUCUGCGGGGGCUCCUGCCCUGGCCCCGACUCAGACACAACGCCCUGUGACACCAACAAGAUCUGCCCCACUCAUGGUAACUGGGGCAGUUGGGGGCAAUGGGGUCCUUGUUCUGCCACAUGCUCUCCUGAGGACGUGAGGCUGAAGCCCCAGCAGCGUCGCUGGCGGGUUUGCAACAACCCCCCGCCAUCCGUCAUCCCUCCCGGACUCCCCUGCAUUGGAUCCGCCAGUGAGGACCAGUCGUGCCCCGGGCUGCCCUUCUGCCCAGUGGACGGUGGCUGGAACAACUGGGAGACAUCCAGCCCCUGCUCGGUGACCUGUGGUCUGGGCCGGGUAACGCAGAAGCGUCUUUGUAACAACCCAGCUCCACGGCAUAGUGGUAAGGCCUGUCUUGGCCUCAUACCCGGUCACAUUUCUGCAACACCAAAAUACCCUGCCCAG